AUGCCAAUUGAUAUCAACACUAAGGCAAAGUGUUAUUUUGAUACUAGACCCUUAACUAAAGGGGAAAGAAAAAUCAUCAAAGAUUCUAUUCCCAUACUUGAAUAUCUUGAUAUUCAGUUUGGAGAGAAGUUUUUCAAAAGGCUAAUUAAACAGUUUCCACAAUACAAACCCUAUUUCAAUGAAACGCACCUCAAGUUAUUGCGUCAACCACGUAGUUUCCAUCAUUGCUUGUUGGAAUUUGCAAGAAAUAUUGAUGAUUUGAGACCAAUGAAGGAUUUCAUUAUGAGAAUUGCGUCAAAACAUGUUGCAAGACAAGUCAGUCCCGAUCAGUAUCGAGUUUUUGGGCAGGUUUUGGUAGAAGUUAUGAUGGAUCAGUUCCCGAAAGAAUUUGUCGAUCAGGAAUUUGUGGAAGCAUGGACUAUGGCAUUUAGGAUUUUGGCCAAUAUAUUGAUAAACAUAGAAGUUAGAGAGUACCAAGAUAAACCAUGGUAUGGAUUUAAAGCAUUUAGAGUUACACGAUUGCAACCAGAAUGUGUAGGUACUAAAUCUUUUUUCAUUACCCCAGUUGAUGGAACGCCAGUUCCAAUCCCUAAACGUGGUCAGUACUUGUGUAUGCGGUGGAAGUUCCCAGGUGAAAAACAGGAGAGGUUAAGAGAGUACACGAUAUCGGAAUUCCCCAAAAACAACGAGUAUAGAAUUACAGUUAGGUAUAUCCCAGGUGGAAAGGUAACUACGUAUAUACAUGAAAAGCUAGCAGUGGGUGAUAUUGUACAGGUAUCGCCCCCGUGUGGUGAUUGUUAUUACCGCUCGUCAAAGAGAAAUAUGGUUAUGUUAGCAGGUGGAAAUGGGGUGGUCGCUCUAGCUCCAAUGAUUGAGAAAGGGUUGGCUGAAGGAAGGAAGGUCAAGUUCUUAUAUUCGAACAGGUCUACUGAAACGAGAUCAUUUGGACAGUUUUUUAGAGAUCUCAAGCAAAAGUAUGGCGAUCAGCUUGAGGUUGUCGAGUAUUUAUCACGACGCAGGGUUAUUGAUCCGAUUGAUAAGUAUUAUAGACGGUCGUUGACGGUAGAGGAUUUGGAUUUUAUUGUCCCCGAAGAUGAUGUGUACUUGAUUGGGCCCAGGACAUAUAUGAAAAUGAUUGAAGAUUACUUGAAGGGCAGAGGUGUGAAUGUUACAUUAGACUAUUUUGGUCCCCAAGAAGUGUAG